CAGCCCAGCAGCUCCCCCGGGCGUGGCAAGGGUCCUGCGCCAGUACUGCCCAGAGCUGCGACCUGGUCCUGUUCCUGCAGGGUCGGCAGCCUGCCCACAGCAGCCAGGAGGAUGUCUCAUACUUAGGCAAACUGCCUGGCUACAGGGCUGCUGGGGCCUGGAGAAGCCGCCCUGAGGUUGCUUGGAGUCUGGGAAAGGCCAUCAGGAGCAGGCUUGGGCAGGAAGCCGAGCCCCCGGGGAGCUGGGAGCUGUGGUUCCCGAGCCAGUCACGUCCUGCGCGCGAGGGGCGGUAGCCUGGGCCCGUGGGUAUUUGGGGAAGCGUCCCAGUUCUAGGCGCUUCCAGUGGCUCCCUUGCACAAGUGACUUCUGGGCCCAGUUCUGGGGCAAAGAUGCCUGCCCUUCACAUCGAGGAUCUGCCGGAAAAGGAAAAACUGAAGAUGGAGGUUGAGCAACUUCGCAAAGAAGUGAAGUUGCAGAGACAACAGGUGUCUAAAUGUUCUGAGGAAAUAAAGAACUACAUUGAAGAACGCUCUGGAGAGGAUCCUCUGGUAAAGGGAAUCCCAGAAGACAAGAAUCCCUUCAAAGAAAAGGGCAGCUGUGUCAUUUCCUAAGUAACUCUGGGGGAGGGAAAUUCUGUUCUUGGGGCAAGUUGUUCUUUUGUUUAAUUUUCCCCCCAAAUGGAGCCAAAGUGUGUGUUGAAGAACUGAGAAAAAAUGAAAUUGAGAAAAAGACGGUCACAUAAACACUCUCCAAGCAGUUGGUGUCUGAAUCACGCCUGCUUCUCACCUUGGCUCCCCACAUACCCUCUCUCAGAGGAGAGCACCUGAUUGCAGAAUGAAGGCAUGGCUCCUCCACUUUCAGUAUACUCCUGCUGUCUCCAAUAAAGUUUUAUCUUGGAAAAGUCA